AUGAACAGAAUUCUCAGCAAACCUCCCUCUUUUCUAAUUCUGCUACUUGUUUGGUUCUCAGGUUUUGAACUUGGCUUUGCUAUGGCAAGUCCCAAUGCCCUGGUAUGCUGGGAGGCCCAGUUUGGUGACUUCCACAACACAGCACAGUGUAUAAUAGACCAGUUCAUCAGCUCGGGCCAGGCCAAGUGGGUUCGUCACAACGGGAUCGUCCUGCUCUUGCCACACGGAAUGGAAGGAAUGGGUCCAGAGCAUUCAUCCGCCAGGCCUGAGAGGUUUCUGCAGAUGAGCAAUGAUGAUUCUGAUGCUUAUCCAGAGUUCAGUGAGCAGUUUGAAGUUUCCCAGCUGUAUGAGUGCAACUGGAUUGUGGUGAAUUGUUCAACUCCAGCCAAUUACUUUCACGUCCUCAGAAGGCAGAUCUUGCUGCCAUUCAGAAAACCGCUGAUUAUUUUGACACCCAAGUCACUGCUGAGGCAUCCAGAAGCUAAAUCCAGUUUUGAUGAAAUGGUGUCUGGUACCACUUUCCAACGCGUGAUUCCUGAGAAUGGGUUGGCAGCUCAGGCACCACAUGAGGUCAAGCGAGUGAUUUUCUGCACAGGAAAAGUGUACUAUGAUCUUGUAAAAGAGAGAAAGAAUCAAGACCUGGAGAAAGAAGUAGCUAUAACCAGACUUGAACAGAUCUCACCAUUCCCCUUUGACCUGCUGAAAGAAGAACUGGAGAAGUAUCCAGGUGCUGAUCUAGUUUGGUGUCAGGAGGAACACAAGAACAGUGGAUAUUAUGAUUAUGUCAAACCUCGUUUCCGCACUAUUGUGAACCACACUCGACCUAUAUGGUAUGUUGGCCGAGAGCCUGCUGCUGCAGCUGCCACAGGCAACAAGAACAUGCAUCUGGUGUCGCUCAGAAGGUUCUUGGAUACAGCUUUCAACCUGGAAGCCUUUGAGGGAAAGACGUUCUAACUGCAGACACCAACCCACUUCUGUCUAGUAGUCUCUCAAAUCACUGCAUCCAACAGAGGAAAUAAAAGUGGGAAAAAUUAUCAGAUCAGAUGUUUUAUCAGAUAGAACAAUCCAGCAACUGACUUCA